GAGUCUUUACGCUGACGUCCAGCUACAACCUCAGUUGUGCGAGCCGAGAGACGAGAAAUUACAGCAGCAGGGCACGCAACCGAACGGGCGGACAAGACGUGGGGGGGUCGCCGGCUGUCGCCACACCGCCUCAUUCCACGGUAACCGUCAGUGAUGCGAUGUGAGACGCCCGGCGAGGCUCGGACAGCGCCAUUGAAGCGGUUGAACCGACUGUGGACUUGGCAGCCGCGAGGACUGGACCGACUUCAGAUACAAGAAGGAGAAGAAGAAAAGAAAAAAAACACCCCCAGCAACCCUGCGAUGUUUUGACAUCCCCCAGUGUCCUGAAAACUGCAGACCUCAACCCAGGCAACAGCACUUCACUAAGCUACCACCAGGAGUGAGGGGAGAUAUAGGCUUUAAACUCCAACUCACCACACAGACAUCAUGUCUUCCAGGGACCGUCGGUCAGACGUCUACAUAAAGGCAGAGCCGAGUAGCCCGGAGGGAGGCGGGGGAGGACGUACCAGCCCCGGCGGGGCCUCCUCGGACUCCUCUCAAAGUGGAACCAGAGGAGACGGCACCAAACGUUACUCCCCGCCACUCUACACACCGGCCCUGCGUUGCCACUUCAAAGACGAGGGGGGCGACGGGGCUGAGGAGGGCUCCGCCGGAAAUGGAGCUGGACGAUGCAAGUACGCCCUGAGCACGCUACCCAAGAGGCUCUGCUUAGUAUGUGGGGAUGUGGCCUCGGGUUACCACUACGGCGUGGCGUCAUGUGAGGCCUGCAAGGCCUUCUUCAAAAGAACCAUUCAAGGUAACAUUGAAUACAGUUGUCCAGCUUCAAAUGAGUGUGAAAUCACCAAGAGGCGCAGAAAGGCUUGCCAGGCAUGCCGCUUCACCAAGUGCCUCAAAGUAGGCAUGCUGAAGGAGGGAGUUCGUCUCGACAGGGUCCGAGGUGGAAGACAGAAGUACAAAAGGCGCCCAGAAGUGGAGAAUGCAACGUACCAGAAUGCCCCUCUACAACUGACAAAGGAGAGUGAAAAAGGCUCCUCCAACAUCAUUGUGUCCCACCUCCUGGUGGCAGAGCCAGAGAAGCUGUUCGCCAUGCCCGACCCGCUGCAGCCCGACACUGCCCAGCGGACGCUCACCACCCUCUGUGACCUUGCUGACCGCGAGCUGGUCGUCAUCAUCGGCUGGGCCAAACACAUUCCAGGCUUCCUGUCACUUUCCCUCGCAGACCAGAUGUCUGUGCUGCAGUCAGUGUGGCUGGAGGUGCUGGUGCUGGGCGUAGCGUACCGCUCGCUCGGCUGCGAGGACGAGGUGGUGUUCGCCGAGGACUUUGUCCUUGACGAGGAGAUGUCGCGCGUCGCAGGACUGACGGAGCUGAACGCGGCAAUCAGUCAACUCGCUCGCCGUUUCCGCUCACUAAAUGUGGACCGGGAGGAAUUUGUCAUGCUGAAGGCCAUCGCACUAACUAACUCAGACUCUGUUUACAUCGAGGACAUGGAGGCUGUGCAAAAGCUGCGGGACCUUCUCCACCAGGCCCUGCUGGAGCUGGAAUGUCAGCGGCGCCCAGACGACCCCCAGCGGGCGGGACGCCUCCUUUUAACGUUGCCUCUCCUCCGUCAAACUGCUGGUCGUGCUCUUACGACUUUCUACAGCAUCAAGACCCGCGGAGGUGUACCCAUGCACAAACUAUUCCUGGAGAUGCUGGAAGCCAUGAUGGACUCUCCCUAGAGCAGGAAGCAGCGGAAAUAAAGAGGAUGCAAGGAAAGACCCAACAGAGAUCUGAUCUUCAAGAGUGGAUGAGUGAGAAUGAGAAUAAUGAGAAGGGAUGGUUUUGGUAGAGAAUGAAUAAUGAGGAAUAUGGUCGUUUUUAUCUUGUAGGCAACAUGAAGGAAGAAAAAGAACAUGACAAAAGAAAGAACUCAUCUAUUGUCUCUAAGUUGGGACGCUCCACUUGGAGUAAGAGGCAACUGCCAAACUUCAGUUAAAGGCUUCAAGAUCACCAGAGUGAAAAACAUUUGACAUCGAUGCCAGAAUACUUCUUAGUUUCAAGUUGUUUCAUGGUGUGUUGCAUCACAGUAUCAAUCUGCAGUUGCAUAACCACUGAAGAACAACACCUUGGUACCCAAGAACACACUGCAGCCGCGUAGUUCCGGAACUCUUUUUAAACAAUGCAACAUAUACUCAUGAAAGCCAUGACAAAAUAUCCAGCAAAAGACUGGAGGGUCCAGUAUAGUUUCAGAAUGAUGUGCACAUGGGAGUGCUUGUGUUCACUAUACUUUGGUGUGCCGUUGUAGGCAAAUUCAUAGGAAUUACUUGCAAUAUUUUAAAAAGCAAUAUAAUGACUUGAUUGUUGUCCGUCAAAAUUUAAAAUGUGGAUAAAAUGGUGAGACAUCUAGUUGUGUGUGUGAGUAUAUCAGUAGUUCUCCACUCUCAGGACCCCGGUGUUAUCUGCUAGUGUCGCCUGAUGUGGGUCGGGGAGGCCAGGCGAGAAGUUUUUGAAACCUGGCAGCAGAGGAAAAAAACGGCGACACUUUUAGGGGUUAAAUACUGGAAUUGAGAACCACUGGUGUACAUAGUAGGUGCAGGAUUCUUUAUGAAAGGCUGUGCAAUUGAUUUGUAAUCCAGGAGAUGGUGCAUAUGAAGAUUGUGUGCUCUACCUGGAAGGUCAUUUAUUCAGUGUUGUAUGUAAAUCCUUUUGGCACACAAAGAACUGGCUUCCAUACGAGCAAGCGUGUGCAGUCGAAAACCAAUGAGCUCCGCUGAGAUCAGGGAAGAACACAGCUCUCACAGAAAAAGACAGUGUGGCAACACAAGUGGUUAGAAAAGAAAUGCAUAUGCUUUUUUUGUAUACUAUUCUCUACUAGAUCUUACCACUAUUUUUGUCUGCUUAUCAAAAAUAAUGGUGUGACCUAUUUCAUUUUUGGGCUGUAAUGUGUAACACUAACCCAUAUGUGUGAUUUAUAGGUUCGUGGUCAGACUUUGCUGCCUUUUCUGCAGGAGCGAAGCUCAUUGCGUUAAAGAUCCUGCCUUUGUGUACGUACAUCUGUUGAAAUCUUGACUCGAUAGUGCCCGCAAAGGGCUCAAGGGCAACAAGAAAUGCAACAUAUGCAACAUCUUUCCUUUUGGAUGUUGAAACCUUGUACGACAACGUUUCUUUUAAGUUUCACUCAUUGUUCAGCAGGUUUGUAUACUCUCAGUAUAAAUGAUCAUUAUAUCAAGCUUCACGUGCAAAGCUACAGCAUCUAACGUCAGAAUCAGAUCCCUAAAAAAUGAGCGUUCAAAGGGCCAUUCAUCUUUUAGCCAUGUACAGUUCCAUUGAAAUAGACAGAAACCGGCAAUUGAAAGACGAAUAAAAGCCAGCAAAUGUCCUACAAAUUCCCCAUGACAAUUAUUUGUGUGCAGCUCGCAGUGUACGGAAAUUUGUAAAGACUUGAAAACUCCUUUUUCAUACAUUUUCCUUUUUUAGGAUUUAAGGGUAUUUUAUUUACAUUGUGACACACUGUUGUGGGUUUGAUAUUGGAAUGAAGAUUUCCAUUCAUGUUAUUUUGAAUGCUUUUUUUCUUUUUCUUCUUUUAAGUAAGCAGUUGUGUUUUCUGAAGCUGAUUGUCAUUUAGGGAUCAAUUUUACAUGGCUAUAGAUCCAGCGGCAUGGUGAGGCUACAGAGGGCUACCUCAGGAGAAAGAGUUAAGCCACAUGGCCAAAUAACUGUGAGGACACGAUCUUUUGACUUGUCAUGGUAAAUUUGAAUAUUAGGGUAUUUUUUUGAAUGUCCUGCAGUUUGACUAACGCCUGAGAUCAUUUGUCUUUCAUACUUGUUUUCAUACCUUGAAGGUGUGUAUGGCUGAAAAUUCAUGCUUUAUAAGACGCCCCGUGGUACAAAGUGUCUCACGCUGUGGGGGCGGCAAGCUUAUAGUUGAAAGGGUUUCCCAGGAUUAAUGGUGCGGCUUAAACACUGGAGAUCACUAGUGGCAGUUCAAAUUGAAAACGGUUCUAUCUUGUAACAUGCAGGUGUUGUGUCAGCCACAGACACAACCGUGGAGCAGGAAUUUAUAUAUCUGGCAAAAUGUGACUCUGAUUCACCUGGUUAGCUUUUGCUUUCAUAGGUCACAGCUGUCUUUCAGUCUGUGAUUUGUUUACUAACUUAAUUUCUCGGAAUAGUGAUCAGAUUCCUGAAGUGAACAAAGACAUACAGCUGCCUGGGUCGAGCUAGAGCUUUUAAACUAUUGUCAUUUACCUUAAGGUAACUGUUUUCAUUAGCACACAAAUGCGUUUUAGGUACGGUGGCUUGGGGGUAAAGACGGUGCCAUUUGCAGUGACGCUGUUAAAAUUAUACAGUCAUUUGUAGUUUCUAAUAAAUGUGUGCAUUAAUAUAAAUGAGCAAUACAAUAAAUUACCAAACCUCACACAUUUCCUUGUAUAGCCACAGUGUACAUUUAACAUUGCCAGUUAUAAUAAAGAAUAGCUUCUAAACGUUAUAUUAUUUAGACGUUCAAAUCAAUGUUUGUAUUUUGAAAGACUAUUUAAAUGAUUAAAUUCUAUUUUUUACUCAAUUUUACUGUUGUUUGUUGACACUGCUUUAUUUUUGUGUGUGAUAUUGGCUGUGAAUUUGUGUGUAGGCUACUUUUAUUUCCAUUUAGAUGAAAAAAAAACCCAACCCAGUUUGAUGUCCUUGUCUAAACAUGUCCACAUUAAAAAAAGAAAAAAAAAUCACUGUGAAAAAAAGUGAGCUCUUCCACUAUCUGUCACAACAGGGAGUGGAUUAUUGUAGGUGCUUUGUGUUGUGUAAUAAAUGGACACACCACCACCACA